UUAGGAGACAAAGAGAAGCUUAUAAAAGCAGCCUAUUGGGUUUCAAUUUCAUUAAGUUUGGCUUCAUGAAAUUCAAAACCACCUGCGUACACUUUAAAAUACUCUUAAUAACCUUUUCGAUUCAGAUGGAGAACUGCAAAAAGGCAGAUUCUGUCCCAUUUUACUUUGCUUAAGAACAGCUGGGCAAUUCCACACCCCCACACACACAGAGGCGGUCACUAGUCAGGCUCCAUGUCUGACUCACAGCUUAUUCUCUUUCUUCUUCCUUCAAUUUUAUCUCUACUUCUUUUCUUCAUUCUCACUCGAAGAAAGCAAGCGAGAUUCAAUCUCCCUCCGGGCAACAUGGGUUGGCCAUUUAUUGGAGAAACCUUUGCCUACUUGAAGCAUUACUCUGCUACUUCAACUGGAGAAUUCAUGGAACACCACAUCGCAAGGUUUGGGAAGAUAUACAAGUCCCAUUUGUUUGGGGAGCCAACAAUAGUCUCUGCAGAUGCUGGACUUAAUAGAUUUAUAUUACAGAAUGAAGGGAGCUUAUUUGAAUGCAGCUAUCCAAGAAGUAUAGGUGGAAUUCUUGGAAAGUGGUCUAUGCUGGUUCUAGUUGGAGACAUGCAUAGAGACAUGAGGAUUAUAUCUCUCAAUUUUCUGAGCCAUGCCAGGCUCAGAACUCAUCUAUUGAGAGACGUGGAGAAACAUACCUUGCUUGUUCUUAACUCUUGGAGGGAGAAUUUUAUAUUUUCAGCUCAAGAUGAGGCAAAGAAGUUCACCUUCAAUUUGAUGGCGAAACAUAUCAUGAGCAUGGAUCCUGGAAAGCCAGAGACUGAGCAGCUGAAGAAAGAGUAUGUUACUUUUAUGAAAGGAGUGGUAUCUGCUCCCUUAAAUUUGCCUGGAACUGCAUACAGGAAGGCCUUACAGUCUCGAUCAAUCAUCCUGAAGUUUAUAGAGCAAAAAAUGAAGGAGAGAAAUGGGAAAAUAAAGGGAGGAGUAGAAAAUUUGGAGGAAGAUGAUCUUCUUGGAUGGGUUUUGGAGCAUUCCAAUCUUUCUACUGAGCAAAUCCUCGACUUAAUAUUGAGCUUGCUCUUUGCUGGCCAUGAAACGUCCUCAGUAGCCAUAGCUUUAUCUAUCUACUUCUUGCAAUCUUGUCCAAGUGCUGUUCAACAGUUACGGGAAGAACACCUGGAAAUUGCCAGAACCAAGAAGCAAUCAGUAGAGAAGGGCUUGAACUGGGAUGAUUACAAGAAAAUGGAAUUCACUCAAUGUGUUAUCAGUGAGACGCUAAGGCUUGGAAACGUAGUGAGGUUCCUGCACAGGAAAGCUCUGAAAGAUGUUCGAUAUAAAGGGUUUGACAUUCCACGUGGAUGGAAAGUGCUUCCAGUAAUUGCAGCCGUGCAUUUGGAUUCUAGUCUUUUUGACCAUCCUCAACAUUUCAAUCCAUGGAGAUGGCUGCAGGGUGGCACGUCUCGUGGAUCUUCUAGUUGUCCGAGCAUGAGCAGCAGUGUUAAUUACUUCAUGCCAUUCGGGGGAGGACCAAGACUAUGCGCAGGGUCGGAGUUGGCAAAACUCGAAAUGGCUGUUUUCAUUCACCAUUUGGUGCUGAACUACCAAUGGGAGUUAGCCGAUAAUGAUCAAGCUUUUGCAUUCCCAUUUGUCGAUUUUCCUAAAGGAUUGCCUAUCAGGGUGGUCAAGCUCCACAACUUGAUAUAAAGUAAAGAAAACAAAUUAAACCCAACAAAGUCCAGCCACUCCACCCACUUGCUAUAAAGACAAAUCUCUCAUCUUCGCCUAGAUGACGUUGGAUAAUAUAUCUAUAUAUAGCUAGAUACAUAUGACAGAAGAAGAAUAGUCGUCUCGUAAUUUGUAUGUGAAGAUUUCGAGUCCCUUGGGCUUGGAGUAUCGAAUGGUCUAGCGUAUAAGUUCUUUUUCUUUUGAUGUUCUAUAUAGCAGCUCACGUGAACAAAUUCAAAGUGCACAAAUACUAAUAGGACCCUUGAUCUCCCUCUUUCUCCCUGCAAUCUGCAUUGUAAAUCUUACUCUCCCUCUGGUUCCUCCAUGGUUAACGAGGAACUAGAGAGGAAUUAUUCAUUUAUAUAAAAUAUAAUUUGUUUUAUGCUUA